UCAGUGAGUGCAUGGGUCAGCCCUUACGAUGUUCUUCCAACUACUCACGAUUUACUUGUGAUUCCUGACGAAGAGCGUCAACGUGUGGCGACCGCUUUACUUUGUUCAUGUGAUAGUGGCGAGUACGGUUCACCAUGUCCUCUUUUUCGUAGCUACCUUUGCGGAAAUGGCAUGGCAAAGGCGUGUUGUUUGAAUUCCCAAAAACCAUGCGACUAUCAUUUGGUAUGUGCCGACGGAGACGACACUUACUAUCGUAUGGAAUCGAUAUCUAAGUUGUACGCAGAGGGUCAGCCCAGAACCAAGCAAGCCAGACGCAAAAUACCCUCCCUGGCUCCAGAGAAUUCCACCACUUGUGCAGGUCGCAGUGAUGCUGUUGAUAUGCCAGUGCUAACAAGUGAAAGUAUUCCGGUGGUAUCUACGAUUGUUAUUGAGAAUGAAGAUCGAAGUUCGUUCCCGCGCUGUCAAGAA